GAGCUCAAAAUGCAUCUCACGCACGUCGUGCUUGCUAGCCUUGUUGCGGCUGCAAUCGCCGAGGAGGUCAUUUGCGCAACCUCGGAAAGUGAAACCCAUACGGACGCAUGGAAGACAGUGAGUCAGAAUGAAACCUUUUAUCUGAUUUACCGCUCCUACGAGUAUGAUGGUGGCACCGGAGGCACCGCGAAAUGUGUCAGCGUGAAAUUAUGCGACAAAGAUGACACAACCAGGACUGCUACGAGCAGACUUAUGUACAGGGAUGCUCAGACGACCCAAUUGAUAGGAUUUACUGCGCGUGUCACGAUGGCUCGUUCGUGGAACAGCACAGUCGAUGACAUCAUCCGACUUGGCAAUGCAGAUAACUGCGAAGCAUGUACCAAAGCCUGUUGA